GUGCCCUAGCAACGGACAGCGCCUUUCUCUAGCUGGAGUCUGCAAAGUCUCGUUAUAAAGCAGCAGCAGCGGCAAGAGGAAGGCAGGAUGGCGGUUGGUGCUGGUGCUGCGCCAUGGUGAAAGCCGCGGGGACGCACACAGCGCAAAAGGCGCGGGCACCCCUUUUUUUCGGUUUGCGCUUUCCCGCGGCGUCAGGAUUUGCAUUAAGCCAGUGCAUCUAAGCAGAAGGGCUCGCCCGCCCGUGUUUGUCUAGCUGUGCAUGCAGGAAGAGGCAGGGAGGACUUACGGUAGAAGUGCAAAGGAGCUCGGUUUGGGUUGCUGGGGAGACCCGAAGUGCUCUAGGGCGAAUGAUGCUCGAAUCCAUCCGUGUCACUGAAAAGCUUCACUGGCCAGAGCAGGAGCUCUCAAAAAAGACAGUCUUGAGUCUGGACCAACACAAUUUCUUUCCUAAGAAUGAAAGCAGCAGCAUUUGGCGCCUGUCCCAGUCAGGAAUCCUCAAGGACACAUUCACCACAGGGACUAGCAGCUACAACGUCCUUCUGCAGAGCAAAGAGGAAAAAAAGCACCUUCUCCAAAAGCACCCAUUGGCCCACCACAAGAGACACCGCAAGCCGGCAAAGCCCCCUAAUGCUUUGCGGGGCAGCGAGCGCCAGAAGGUUAAGGCCCCGCCCCCUUUGCCCAGGAGCGGGUGGUGCGGCCUCAGCCGGCAGCCCUCCCUCUUCAUCACUAGCCCAAUCCCCAGCGGCAUCAGGUUGGCACGCAGUAUUUCCGUAACAGGGAGCAGCAUUGGCUUGCCCAAGACCAAGGCGAAAAGGCAUUCCUUCUCCAGCCUCACGAAGCCCAAGCCGUUGCAGAGAUCCAAGAGCUAUUUAAAAGAGGGAGAUGCCUCUGGGCGGAAAUUCUGUAUCCUCACUGCCAUCAAGCCUUCCAACGUGGAGAAGGAGAAGAUGAAGUUCUUCAGGUCGGACUUCAGCUACAACCCGCAGUUUGAAUAUGCAAGCUCUGCAUUGUCCAGCGUGAUAGCAAAGCACAGCCAGGCAUCCAGCACAUUUCUCAAGCAGGCCAUCAAAAUCAUGGAACUGACUUUGCAAAAAUAUGGAAGCUACGAAAAUUUUGAGCAAGCCACCGGAGGCAGCCUCCUGCCCAGAAGUCGUAUCUGGAACCAUGUCAGGAAAUACAUGAUGAAAGAAGGUUGCCUGGGCGAGAUUGUGGUCCAUCUCUCUGAAGACUUGCUUUCUCGAGCCUCGAUGACCGUGGUGAACGGCCGCCCAACUCUUACCAUCAAUACUGCCACGGCACGUGAGCAUUGGCUGGAAGGAAUGUUGAGGCACGAAAUAGGAACUCAUUAUCUGAGAGGCAUCAAUAACAACAGCCAGCCGUGGAGCACCUGGAAUGGGCGAAGGAAACAUGGCCUCAAACCCAUCAACCCCACAGAGGAAGGUCUGGCAAGUAUCCACAGUGUUCUCUUUCGGAAAGAUCCCUUCCUGUGGAGGGCUGCACUUCUAUAUUACACGGUCUACCAAGCAAGCCAAAUGUCCUUCCAAGAGCUCUUUCAGGACAUUGGGAAGUUUGUCACAGAUCCCAAUACUAGGUGGGACUAUUGUGUUCGAGCCAAGAGAGGCUGGACCGAUACUUCUAUUCCAGGUUGCUUCAGUAAAGAUCAGGUCUACUUGGAUGGCAUCCUCCGGAUUCUGAGAUACCGACAUACCAUUGAUUUCUGCUUGCUGACUGCUCUAGGAAAGGUCUCCUAUGAGGAUGUGGAUCGCCUGAAGGAUUUAGGAAUGAUUGAAAACAUGAGGGUGCCACACUUCUUGCAAGACCACGCAAGGUACAUGGAACACCUGGAGAAGAUCAUAGAAGUCAACGAGCUGUCUGACAUGGAGCUUAAACUUCUUCUGCCCUAAACCGCCACUCUUUUUUUUUUGCUUGCCACCCACGUCAUUCAUACCAGAUUGGAACGCAGUGAGUCCUGACUCACAGAAGUGGAGUAACAAACCUUAUUUUUUAUGCCUGGCAAAAAAAAUCUCUAUUCUUUAAAUCUGCUUCUCUGGUGGUGGUAGGUUUUUUUUAAGGAGGUAAAAUGCACAGGUGCAGUCCAGAAGUUGUUUACUUUCAAAGGGGGGAGGGGAAAUGCUCCUUUCCACCCUAUUCUCAAGGUAUAUGAAAGAUUUUGUAAAUUUUUGAGAUUAAAUUAUAGCUGGAGGAAUUCACGGAUUAAAUUAUAGCUGGAAACAUCCUUUAUGAAAUCCUUUGUGUAGAUUCUUUCUACAGGCUUUUGAAUGAUUUCUUUUCCAGCAUAUUGCUGUUUGCAUCAUAAUACUUAAAUGUUUUAGAAUGUUGCAUUUUCUAAUUUGUUGACCCCAUUCACUUGUUGGUUGGUUUCCGGGUCGUGCAGUAUUAUAGCUAAGCAGUUUUCUAAGGGUUAAGUAAUUUGCAUAUACGUACACUUUACUAUGCCAACUGUUCUUUGAACUCAUCUUCCAUGUUUCCGGCAUCUUCUGCUGGAGAAAUAUACAUGCAAUGUGCAUUUCUCAGUUCUAAUAUUGAAAAGUUGACUACAUUUCCCUGUUAGGCGCCAUUAAUGUGUUAGUGAAGAUUCUUCACGAAUGAUCCCCUAAUAAAGGUGCUUUUAGUAGUGGCGUUGGCCUCUUCCCACCAUGAUUCUGUGUCAAAACUGACACAUCAUGACUCCCAGUGUGGUGUUGUUUCUGAGGACCAGUGCCUACCUACAAUGUGAUCUGACUUUCAAGGCUCAAGGAAAUCUGUGCUUCUUAGCUUUGGCAAUUGGAAGACUGCCUCGGAAAACCAGGACACUGACAGGCAGCCUGGCUCCAUGUGGUGCAACUCUGGCCAUAGUUUAUAAUCUUUAAUCUGCAUGCAUACCCUUCAAAGGUCUGGUUGGAAUCUGUUGGAACGUUCCAAAAGUAGGUGGUGCAAAGAUUAGGUUAUGGUGAAAGUUCACAGGGCAGUUGCAAUAGUAUGGUCCUGUUGACGUCGAUGAAUUCCGCCCCCUGCCCCCCAAUAUGCAUUUCAAUAAUGGUGAGCGUGCAUCAAAGGAAAAUAGGGAAGGAGAUUGUUUGGAUUUGGAUUUGCUUACAGUAAGAUGCAGGUAUCACAGAUCAUUAUAAUUCCGCGGAGCAAAAUAUCCAUUUUCUGUAUUGCGAAAAUGCUUCAUUAGCCAUUAAUCCAUAUAGGAAAUGUGCAGACAUAAUAAAGACAUGUAAUUCAUGGCCCUUAUAUGUAUAAUGCUUUUCUCAAGACAGAUAUAACUUCAUCGGCAGUGGCACAACCUUCCUUAGUAACUAGGUUUCUACCUGCCAGGCACAAUUACUGUUUUCGUCAAUUACUGUUUUCGUCAGUUUAGCCCCCAACUCCACCUAUUCUGCCUCUACACCAGCACUCCCGUACCCUU